GGUUGGUGUCAUGGAUUCAUGCUGUAGACACUAAAUCCUGAUCAUCUACAUCAUGGUACAGAAAUCAUGAUUCAUCAGACCAGACAUUCUGUUUCUAAUCUUCAAUUCUACAAUUUCCAUCAGCCACUUAGACAAGCUCAUACUGAACCAUUACUAUCACAGUGCAGGUGUAAGAUAAAUAGAUAAGCCUGUAAUUAACUGAGCGCUUAAGUACAGAAAUGAUGAUAUUAGUUAGAAUUGCAGAAUUUUCUCCUUCAUGGUCCUGACUUUAGGUGGACAGGAGAUAAACAGUAAAGUGGAACCACUAAAUGAGAAAAUGGACCAGAAUCUCUUACUCCAACAAGAGAGUACAGACCUUUAAUAACAUCCAACUUAUUAACAUAUUUAUGUCAUGUUCUGUUUCUGUUUCCUUUUUAGUGCUGAUUUCACUUAUACCAGUGGCCCAGGCUCAAGGGAGUCCUAAAGCUGUGGUGUCCAUAAAGCCUGAUACACAUGUGUUCAUUGGAGAGAUUGUUACUGUCAGAUGUGACAUACAGGGAGGAGGAGACACUCAGGGGACUUACAGCUGGAAGCUAAUUAAUAGUGAAGAUGGAAGAGAGAGAUUCUCCACAGACAACACAAAGCAGGUCGUCAAAAUCCAGUCUGUUAAAGACAGUGGUACCUACACCUGCAGUAUAAAGGGGAGAGACUCUCAGAGCUCAGAGAUCAGUGAUGCUGUUACACUGACUGUAUCAGGGAGUCCUAAAGCUGUGGUGUCCAUAAUCCCUGAUACACACGUGUUCAUUGGAGAGACUGUUACUCUCAGAUGUGACAUACAGGGAGGAGGAGACACUCAGUGGACUUACAGCUGGAAGAAAAAUAAUUACAGAUUCACAGAGGGAGGAGAGAGAUUCUCCACAGACAGCACAAUGCAGGAGUUCAAAAUCUCGUCUGUUAAUGACUCUGACAGUGGUACCUACACCUGCAGAGGACAUGGGAGAGACUCUCAGAGCUCAGAGAUCAGUGAUGCUGUUACACUGACUGUAUCAGAGAGACCACAAGCAGUACUGAGUGUAUCUCCACAGAGCUGGCUGACUGAAGGAGACUCAGUGACUCUAAGCUGUGAGGUUACAGACUCCUCUACAGACUGGACAUUCAGCUGGUACACAGUUGUUCCCUACAGAGACGGCUUAACUGGAAUAAAUAAUAAUGGUGGCUAUAGCGUGUAUGUGGAGCUCCUCUCAGACAGCAGCAGAGGAUCUGGAGGCAACUACACUCUCAGUCCUGCUGCUCUUAAACACACAGGAGUUUAUAUGUGCAGAGGAGAGAGAGGAGAACCAGCCCUUCACUCACAGUACAGCAAUCCACAGCCACUAUGGAUCACUGGUGAAUCUCCUCCAGUCUCUCUGAUCAUCAAUCCCAGCAGGACUCAACACUUUACUAAAGACUCUCUUUCACUUAGCUGUGAGGACCAGAGUAACUCUACUGGAUGGACAGUGAGACGAUACACACACAGUGAGAGAGUGUUAGAUUGUUCACACUGGGGAUCAGUUACAGGAUCUACAUGUAACAUCAGCUUCCUCUCCACAUCCUACACUGGAGCUUACUGGUGUGAGUCUGAAUCUGGAGAAAACAGUAAUCCUGUCCACAUCACAGUGCAUGAUGGUGAUGUGAUCCUGGAGAGUCCUGUCCAUCCUGUGACUGAGGGACAUCCUCUGACUCUACACUGUUUAUAUCACAACCCAAAUCCCUCAAACCUCCGAGCUGAUUUCUAUAAAGAUGGAUCAGUUCUCCAGAACCAGACUACAGGAGAGAUGAUCAUCCAAACUGUCUCAAAGUCAGAUGAAGGUUUCUACCACUGUAAACACCCAGAGAGAGGAGAGUCACCCAAAAGCUGGAUCUCAGUCACACGUCAUAGAUCCAGUGGUUUAACAGUAGGACUGGUUGUGGGUUUGGGAUUUUUUUUCAUCGCUUUACUGAUCUUAGUGAUCCUGCUGUGGUCCUGCAAAAGAAAAAAAGAAAAGCAGCAGAAAACCAAUCAGACAUCAGAUCAGAAUCAGAUCCGGUCAGGAGCUGAAGACUCUCAGUCAGGACACACACCACUUCAGGCUGAAAGUGCUAUCUAUGCCAAUGUGGAUGAUGUGACUAUCUAUGCCAAUGAGUUGUGCAGGAGUGGAAAAGAAAAGGCCAGUGUGACUGAUGAUACUGUCUACUCAGAGCUGAAGCGCAACAUGGAGUGAGCCAUGUGUCUGUUCUGAUGAAGCUACAGUUAUCAAACAGAUAGAAGGAAAACCUAUAGAUAGAUAGAUAGAUAGAUAGAUAGAUAGAUAGAUAGAUAGAUAGAUUUUACACAUUAAUUUACACAUUAUAGCUGCAGAAAAAGAAUAAUAUAUGUUUAAUAUUAUAAGAAAUGAUCAAGAGGAAUAAAAUAUUCUAUAUUUGCUAUAUUGUCUAUAUAAUAUUAUAAAUUAAAAUAAUUGCAUACAUCAGUGCAAGUAGUAACAAGAGAUAUGUAGCAAGGUAGAUAUGACAAUAAGCCACAAUAAUCUGCAUCAGUGUAAUUAUAUAGUGAUUAGCAGCAGUGCAGUAAACAGAAUCCCACCAACAGAAGCCCAAUGCACUUAUUUAAGGAACAGACACAAUAACAUCCUGGUACAGUGAUGAACUAUUCUCCUGUACCGGUCCUUGCUGCAGCUGUUUGACCAAUAAGUCAUGGAGGGGAUGUGAUGCAUUGUCCAGGAUGGACAUUAGUUUGUUUAGUGUCUUCUUUUCCACGAUCAAAUCAAAACAGUUGAGGGAGCAUCCCAGUACAGAGCCAGUCUUCUUUAUCAGUGUGUUCAGCUUCCUUGCUUCUCCGGCUCUAAUGCUGCCUCCCCAGCAUAAUGCUGCAAAGAAGACAGCACUCACAACAUCAGACUGGUAGAAGAUCUCCAACAUCUUACUGCAAACAUUAAAGCAUCUGAGCUUCCUCAGAAAGUAGAGUCUACUCAUCCCCUUCCUGUACACAGCAGUAGAGUCUACUCAUCCCCUUCCUGUACACAGCAGUAGAGUCUACUCAUCCCCUUCCUGUACACAGCAGUAGAGUCUACUCAUCCCCUUCCUGUACACAGCAGUAGAAUCUACUCAUCCCCUUCCUGUACACAGCAGUAGUCUGCUCAUCCCCUUCCUGUACACAGCAGUAGAGUCUACUCAUCCCCUUCCUAUACACAGCAGUAGAGUCUACUCAUCCCCUUCCUAUACACAGCAGUAGAGUCUACUCAUCCACUUCCUGUACACAGCAGUAGAGUCUACUCAUCCACUUCCUGUACACAGCAGUAGAGUCUACUUCUUGUUGAUGUACAAAACUUCACUGAUGAACGAAUUAAGAUGAAAGUAAAGUUAACUGAGAUGAAGAAUUAUUUACUUUUAUUUGAUUCUGCUGUAUGCAGUCCUGGAUCAGUGAUGAUGUCAUAUGAUCUGUUGUUCUGCUUGUACACACACACACACUUGCUUUUUCAAAAUUUUAAUUGUUCAUAUUUUUGUCUUUACAAAUGACCUGAUGCUUUGUAACUCAUCUCACUGUGUUCAUAAAUGUCCUGAUAUGACUUUGUUUGUAGCUUAAAUAAUGUUUGUAUUAAAGUUUUAUGC